AGCGCGUCGAUGCGUUUUAGAGGCCAGCCAGUUCCGAGUGGCGCAGUGGGACUCCGGGACCGACGCGGAGCGGCCGUGUGGCAGCGGGUCCAUUGCGGAAUUCUCGAGAGAAUUCCCCAGGUGUAGGCCGCAGACAAUACCGAAUUCUUCAUUCUACGUGGAAACGCCGAAAUUACCCCGACUCGCGGGCGUAGAAAUUGCGUCGCAAUUGAGGACGACGCGUUCGAUGCGACUCAACUCGACAGUGAUACGAAAUCGGUGCUCAGUCCGUAAAAAUUAAUAAUCAAUACGAUCGCACUCGGCCGCAUAGAUUGCCGCGGUCCAUUUGCGCAGAGUGAUAAAUCCCGAGAUAAAUCGGGUACCUCGUAUUAUUUUUUUUUCAAUUUUUUUUAUACCGCGCGGGGUUGAUAUCUCGAAUGCAUUUGGCGCGAAACUCUACCGAGGUCCUCGAGGGUGGGGUUCUUAGGUUAGGCGCAGGACGGAAUCCUUCUGGGAGGGACUCGGGGAUUUUUUAUUUCGCCGGUUGAUGUAGUUUACAUUAAUCUGGGAUUUUUAUCCCUACGGAUGGAUCGUGUUUCAGGUUAACUCGCGUUUUUCCCCGGUUUCCAUUCCGCGAUAUCGAGCAGGGCGGCUUUCCCUUUACGUCCUCCUGUGUACCAGGAUUCUCCGGUGUCGCGGACCAAUAAUCAUUCGAACCUGCCUCCCGGUUACGUUUCAAUUAAUUUUCGUUUGCCGAACCAACCGGACGCUGUUCACCCUGGCCGCGGGGUCCAGGGCGGACCGCGCAACCUGCGGAUGAAAGUUGACGGGGAUGUACUCUGAGGGUCGUGGGAUGGUCGCCGAAAUUUCUCAAAUAUGGAAAAUCGGGGGGUACCAUUAACGGGGGAAGUUACCUCCGAGAGGUGAAGAGUCUCCGAGGGGUCGUAGAAUUUUCUGCGAAUUUUUUUCAUCGCCGACGUCGGCUUUACUCGCCCAGGAAUUUCGGUAUCUCGUAUCGCAGGCUGAUAAACAUUCCGAAUUCGCGGCUCGUGUCGCCUUGGGGGGAGAAAAAAAAGGUAAAGGAGAUCUGGGUCGACCGAGUUCGUCGACGUCUUUGUUUCGGGUCUUUCGUAAAUCACCGGUUUUUCUCACCGCGCCGCGCGUUUCGUUUCCGAUAACGACUCGGCGACGAGGGAGCUCCUUCCCCGGCCGAAGUUUGGACACGUGACGAGGAUUCGACGGGUCACGGAGCAGGUGUCGAUAUAUUUGGCCACGUUAGGAAGAGGUAGCCAUUCGCGAUGGAGCCGCUGCUGGUCGCCCUCGUGCUCGCCCUGGGAGUCGGCCUCUUCUACCUGGGAGCCAUUCUGCAUCGCCAGUACACGUAUUGGAGGAAGCGAGGCGUUCCCUUCGUCGAGGUCUUCCCGUUAAUCGGGAACAAUGGAGCCGUGCUGCUCAGGUUCAAGACCUUCCCCGCCUUCAUCGAGGACGCGUACUACCGAUAUCCUGGGGCCAGGUACCACGGGCUCUUCGACUUCAACAGCCCUGUGGUGAUGCUGAGGGACCCGGAGCUCAUCAAGGACGUAUGCGUGAAGAAGUUCGAUCACUUCCCGGACCACCGGACCUUCGUCGACGAGGAGAUGGACCCGAUCUUCGGCCGGAACGUGUUUUCCCUCCGCGGGGACCGCUGGCGGGACACGAGGAACGCCUUGACCCCGUCGUUCACCGCCACCAGGAUGAAGUUUCUCUUCCAGCUGGUCUCCAGGUGCGCCGAGGGGUUUGCUCAGUACCUGGCGGACCACCCGGUCGACGAGGUCGAGGCCAAGGACGCCUUCACCAGGUACACCAACGACGUGAUCGCCACCGCCGCUUUCGGGGUCGAGGUUGACUCCAUGAAGAACAGGACGAACGACUUCUACGAGAGCGGCAGGGACACCGCCAACUUCGGCAGCAUCCCGAGGGUCAUCAAGUUCCUCAUCUUCAGGGUGUGGCCGCGACUCCUCGGGUACCUCGGGGUGAGCUUUCUUUCGGCUAAGUCUACCCGGUUCUUCAAGGACCUGGUGGCCGACACGGUGGAGCAGCGCCAGAGGAAGGGCAUCGUCCGACCGGACAUGAUCCAGUUGCUGAUGCAGGCCAGGGAUAAAGAGGGAGGCCCGGAGAUGUCCAUCGACGACAUGACCGCUCAAGCCUUCAUCUUCUUCGUGGCGGGCUUUGACACCACCUCGACCCUCCUCUGCUUCAUGGCUCGCGAAUUGUCGCUAAACCCCGACAUCCAGGAGAAGCUGCGCCAAGAGGUCGAUCAGCUGGUCGAGUCUGUCGACGGGGACGAGGAGGGGGUCACCUACCAGACCCUUGGGAAGUUGAAGUACAUGGACAUGGUCAUCUCCGAGACCCUUCGCAAGUAUCCCCCCGCACCCUUCUUCGACAGGCUCUGUUUAAAGCCCUAUGACCUCCCAGCAUCCAUGCCAGGGCACCGGCCGAUCACCGUCGAUCCUGGGACCGUCAUCUGGGUGCCGAUUUAUGCCUUGCAUAACGAUCCGCGAUACUUCCCGGAGCCGCAGAAAUUCCAUCCUGAGCGAUUCAGCGAAGAGAACAAGGACAACAUCCAGCCUUACACCUACAUGCCCUUCGGCGUAGGGCCCAGGAAGUGCCUGGGCACGAGAUUUGCCCUGAUGGAGACCAAGAUACUGUUUCUUCAUCUACUGAGGCGAUUUGUCAUCAAGCCGACCCCGAAGACCCGGAGGGAAGUGGUCUUCAGCAAGGCGUCCUUCAACAUGAUGAUCGAGGGCGGGUUCUGGGUCAAGUUCGAACCCCGCAAGAUUUAGGAGAUAUUUUAAUUAUUUAAUACACUGAUAUGCGCUUAUUAAAAGGGACCUUCGCGUUACUUUCCUUCGAUUGCUGCGUGGUUCUAGUGACAUUGCGAUUUUCCUUUUUUUAUCCCCAUUUUAUACGACUUGGGCCAGAGGGCAUGUUGCGAUCUUAGGAUUCCGAGGAGCGACUGGAUUUACGCGUAAACCGGAAUCGAUGCCGUGUUGCGCAAGUUAUGAUAAUAACGAGUCGCGAGACCGUGGACCUAGGGAAACUGCGAUGCAAUUGAUAGUUAAUUGGGAUAAUUGGUACCCAAUGUAGUCCUUGGUGAUGACGCACAGAGAGCACUCUCUGGAGUUGUAUUUACUGUAGGAGCGUUGUUUUUCUAUUUAAGGGCAUCUGGGAAUGCGCUCUUAUUAAAUGCUGGAGGGUGA